AUGGCGUCGUCCAAUAUCGCGGCCUUGCUCUCUCAGGCAGGGGUCCCGGCGUUCAAGUGCCCCCCUGGGACAAAGAUGCACUUCCUGGAUCUCGGCAUCCUCCAGGGCGACGAAGGAUGGCUUCUUCGUGGCGCAAACACCAGUACUUUGAGUAAUAAGAACCCCGAGAACAAGCGUCGUGAUUUGAUCGUUUUGGCGGCCUUGAUCGAAUACCCCGGUGUCGGGUGCAUUCUCUUCGAGACGGGCUGUGCGGAGGACCUUCAAAUCGCAUGGCCGGCGCCCUUGACCGAUGUCUUCCCCCGGACAGUGUAUGACGAGAAGCACAAGCUUCCUGCAGCCAUUAAGGCUACCGGAAAUGACAUCAAGGACGUGAAAGCUGUCGUGAUCGGCCAUUUGCACCUGGAUCACGCCGGCGGGCUUGAGCACUUCAUGGACACCGAUGUCCCCAUCUUCGUGCACGAAGAAGAGUUCAAGCACGCCUGUUGGGCCGUGGCCACGGGCGCCGACCUCGGCGUCUAUCUUCCCGGCUACAUGAGCCUCGACCGUUUGAAGUGGAACACCUUCACCGAGGACCAUCUGGACUUGUACCAGGGCAUCACGCUCCACCAUUCCCCGGGCCACACACCGGGCCUUUGUAUUAUGCAGGUCAACCUCGAGCAGAGCGGGACGUGGAUCUGGACAACGGACCAGUUCCAUAUCGCUGACAACUAUGAGCUCAGUCAUCCGCACGGCUGGUUGGCUCGAGACCACAAUGCCUGGAUCAAGAGCUUGAAGAUGAUCCAACGGUUGCAGAGGCUCUUUGAUGCGAAGUUGGUGUUUGGCCACGAUAUGGAUGUUGCGAAGAAGUACAUGGGGAAGUCAUACGAAUGA